AAAACCCAUUUACUGCCUGGGUGCAAUCGUAAAUCUUAUCCGUAUGUAAGUGUUUAGUUUCCAAGGGACGCUACCCCGAGUCUGUGCUCUGGAAAAUAUAUUUUGUUCCUGUUGUCGGAGGUGAGAAGUGAACGUAUGGAAGAAAAUCUACCAUACUGUGCGUGCUGCAUUUACCAUGGAAGCAGCCAUGAGUAACGGUGCCACAGCAAUGGAUAUGGAUCUUGAAGGAGAGAGCGUUGCUAUGGAUAUUUGUUGCACUAGUGAUGAAGGUGACCAGGAAGAGAAAAAAGGACAGGAGGACAGAGGUGUUGAUGCAUCAUUGCGUGAAACAGACAUACUGCAUUUGACGAGAGUCUGUGAGAAACGCCUAUUGCAGAAAGGUCAAGGUCUGUCCAGCCCAGUGCCAGGAGCAUCUUGUAAAAUCUCUUUACAGAUUGCAGGCGGGACAUGCGAAUGUGAUGCUCAAUCACUUGGGUAUCCGUCUGGUGAGUCCUCAGUGCAGAUAGGAGAGGGGGACACACGUCUGUCAAGUAUCAUAGACAUAGCUCUUUUGCGCAUGAAGCGUGGUGAAAUCAGUGAGCUUAAAAUAUAUAGAGAGCUGGGCUGUGAGGAAUACACACUGUUACACAUCACACUGCUUGACUUCAGUUCUGCAACUUCCUACUGGCGCAUGACACCAACGGAAAAAUAUGCCACUGCAGUGCGGCACAAAGAAAGGGGCACGUUUUUGUUUAGAGAGGGUCACAUUGAACCUGCAUUUGCCCGCUUCUCCGUGGCAACACGACUCCUGUUGUCAGCUCAGCCGAGGUAUUUUUCCGAGGACGAAGAUGGAGAAAAAUCCUGUCAACAACUCCUAUGCCAGUGUUACUUAAACCUUGCAGCAUGUCAGAUGAAAACUGGCUGCCAUAAUCACGUGGUUACAAACUGUUCCCAUGCUUUGGAACUCGAGCCCUCCAAUGUGAAAGCCAGAUACAGGCGAGCGUCGGCUCUUAUCAGUCUUGGUGAUUACAGCUUGGCCAAAGAAGACCUUGAGAAAGGAUUGCUGCAAGAGCCAUGCAAUCGUGUUUUGAAUGAUCUUCUGCAGACAGUCAGUGCAAAGCUGUCACAGAGCAAUGCCUAUUUGGCCAAAGGACUAAGUAAGAUGUUUGCUUGAGGCUUCAUAUCUUCAUGCCAUUCUUUGUGGAGACCAUAGUAGAGUGGCAUAAGGUACUGUAAAAUUUGCAUCUGUGAUCAUUAACUUAAAACUAUGAUGGAAUCAGCAAACAUAGCAUCCAUAAGAACUCAACAUGAAAGUUUACCUAUUUCACUUGGCAGUUUUCUUUUUUUGGAAUUUCAGUUCAUUUUUCCUGCAAGGACACUGGGACCAAAUGCAGUGAUCUUUGAUACACUCAGCAUAAGCAUACCUGCUUCAUAAUUUUUGAGAUAGGCAGUUGAAGUAUUACUUAAAGGUGAUGAUGUAUAGUUCUACAAUUUGUGGACCAAAACAACAGAAAUCAUGGCUUUAACUGAAUUUUUCUUGUGCCAUUUUUACAUGCUGGAUUAGCUUGCUGCAAUGUUGCCUUAGUUUAUUUGGCAAAUAAGGAAAGUCACCAGUCAUGUUUUGUGAUGGUUCUGUUUUGGCUAAACAAAUUAAACAUUAAAUUAAGAAAGAGAA